GAAAUAACUUAAAAACAAUAAAACUUUUUGUUUAAACUUGUAAAUUUUCAAGCAUAAUUUCCAACAACAUGAAAUUAUUGUGCCUUUUUGUAUUAAUUGCUGCCAUAUAUGAAGCCAAUGCCAGCACUAAGCGUUUGUGUGGUCCCGUCUUGGCACAAGUAUUAGAAUCGGUUUGUAUUAAUGGUUACAACUCCAUCAAAACUAAAAAAUCAGUACCAAUGGUUCACAACGACUUAGAUGUUUUGGAUAACUACAAUGAAAUUGAGGGCGAAGAUAAUGCACUCGCUGCCAAACACUCAUUUCUGGAUGACUUAUUAAUGGUCGAUCGUAUCAGUUCCAUGGCUAAAACUCGCAGGCGUCGCAAUCUUUUUGGCAUUUAUGAUGAGUGCUGUGUUAAGGGUUGUACCUUCGAUGAAUUGACUUCUUAUUGUAAAUAGAUUUUCGGAUUUUGAAAUUAUCCAUAAUUAAGACAUUAGCGACAAUGGCCAAAGAAAUGUUUAUUUUGUUUUUUCUUAACUUAGAAUUAUAUUAUUUAAUGAUUAUUAAAGAAUAAGAAUUACUAAUAAAAGUG